AUGGGGAAGCUCAAAGGAAUUAACCUGGGUGCAUGGGAAUAUCUGUCAAAAUUUGAGCUAGCAACUUGGGUGAAGGCCUAUUUCUCACAUGGACUAAAAGUGUACAACCUCACAAACAACAUGUGUGAGGUGUUCAACGCUAAGAUAGUAAACUAUAGAAGCAAGUCUAUUCUCACAAUGUGUGAAAAAAUUAGGUGCUAUCUGAUGAGGAGGAUGGUCAAGCAUAAGGAGUUACUAGAAAAUUAUCCUGGAAAGCUCGCACCUGUUCAGCAGAAGAGGCUGGAUCGUCUUAUAAGGCCCAGCAACAAAUGGCUUGCAGAGUGGACAGGUGACGAAAAACGUAAGAGAUUUGAAGUGAGUCGUAAAAAUACAAAGGUAGACGUGGAUCUUAUCAAGCAAACCUUCUCAUGUAACAAAUGGCAGCUGACUGGCAUGCCCUGUAUCCAUGCAGUAACAGUAAUCAGGAAGAGGCAUGAUCAUCCAGAGGAAUAUGUGCAUCCGUGGUUAUGCAUGGAGUCAAUCCAUAAGACAUAUGCACAUUGUAUUCAACCUGUGCCAAGUCAGGAGUUUUGGACAAGGACUGAGUAUUCAAGACCAGAUCCUCUCAUCAUAAAGAGACCAAUAGGCAGGCCAAAGGUGCACAAUAGACAAAAGGAUCCGGCAAAACCACUGAUGCAGCAAGGUGACAAGCUGAAGAGAUCAUUUAAAGUCACUUAG